AUGUUAUUGAAAAGGCGAAAGAUUCAAUCCGAAAAUCUAAAUAAUAAUAAAGACAAAAGACUCCAUCCGAAGAGUUCAUCCGAAAGACUGAAAAAUUUCAUCCGAAAAUCUUUCUUCAGCAUGAUGUUUGCGCCAAGUUUAUCGUUCCUUCUUUUCGCUACAAUCGUUGUUGAAAUAAAUUCCUCAAAUAUUAUAACGAAUAGUUCAGUUCCCAUUAUUCUCGCAGAUGCCUUCUCGGACUUCCCUUCUUUGACGGAGUUGCGGUUGUUGCGCCGUGGAAUCGAAGAAAUCCGCCCUGGUGCACUUAAUAAUCUACCACUUCUGAAGACUGUGGAACUGAGCGAGAACAAGUUAACAAACAUCGAAGAUGGAGUAUUUUCAAACUCGAUUAUAGAGGUCCUUUAUGUGGAUCAUAAUCUGAUUGAAAACAUCUCUCCACAUGCUUUUGACAACAUGCCAAAAUUAGUGUUACUGGAUUUAGUCGACAACAAGAUUAAAAAUUUCCACCCGGAGUGGUUACAAGAAAAACCGAAACUUGCGGGUGUGAAUUUGCAGUACAAUCAGAUCGAGCACUUGACCAGUGGGAUUUUUGCGAAUUAUCACAACGACGUUCAUCUUCACCAUAAUAAAAUUAAGAGUGUGUCAAGGGAUAUUUUUGGCACGGAUGACAAGAUAGUUUUUGGACAGUUGUGGUUGAGUUAUAACGAAAUCGAAGAAUGGAAGGAAGAUUUUGUCAAGGGUGGUGAAAUUAGAGCUCUAAUUAUAACAUCAAAUAAAAUACAGUGUUUGGAAGGAAACUACGAAAACUUCUUUGUCGCUCGUCAAACUUACAUUGACAAUAAUCCGUGGGACUGUGAGUGUUUGUUGAAAAUUGCGAAGUGGGCUGUUGACAACCAGAAAGAUUUUGGAAUCAAUGUGGAGGACUCGGCCACAAAAUGCAACUCCACUGAUUUCACUAUUUUGAAGUACCUGGUACUAUCACGAUCUGGAAUCGAACAAAUCCAUCCUGGCGCAUUCGAAAAUCUACCAGUUCUGAAAAGCUUGAAACUUUCCGAAAACAAACUAACAACCAUCGAAGCAGGAGUAUUCUCAAACCUGAACCUGCUCUACCUUAACCUGGACCAAAACCUAAUCGAAACCAUCUCUCCUCACGGUUUUGACAACAUGACGAAACUAACCAUGUUGGAUUUAAACCGCAACCAAAUCAAAAUUUUCCACCCAGAAUGGUUGCAAGGGAAACCACUUCUUGGUACUGUGCGUUUGGGGUACAACCAGAUCGAACACCUACCCAGUGGUGCUUUCGCCAACUACCACAAAGACGCUCAUCUUAACAAUAACAAAAUUAAGAGUGUUUCACGGGAUAUUUUUGGGUCUGAUGACAAUAUAACUUUUGGGAACUUGUUGUUUUCUCGGAACGAAAUCGAAGAGUGGAAGCAAGAUUUUGUGAAAGGUGCGAAAAUUAAAACUCUUGAUAUGACAAGGAAUAAAUUGCAGUGUUUGGAAGGAAAGUACGAGAAUUUUUUUGUCGCACGUCAAACUAGAAUUGAUGAUAAUCCGUGGAAUUGUGAGUGUUUUUUUAAAGUGGAUAAAUGGGCGGUUCAGCACCAACGAGAACAUGGGGUGGAUAUGACAUUUUGUGCUAGGGUAUGCCAUCUAUCUCUUUUGCCCCCCAGGCAGUGCCGAAUAUAG